UUCUCACAGUAGUCUUUGCCAUGUGCUUCCGUUCAGAGUUUCCGGCCUAAAUUUUACCUCAAUUUCUGCAAAAUAAUCCCGUCUAUCGAAGCAAAAACCACUCACACAGUUAGAUAUACACCUGAAGGAGAUUCUAUGUGAAUUCCAGCGAAAGAGUGACGUGUCAUUAAAACAUGAAGGAGAAUGAAAAGCUUUCGCUAGUUGAUCUCGGCAAGAGACUGCUAGAAGCGUCUCGGAAUGGACAAGCUGAUGUAGUGAAACAGUUGAUGACUAAUGGAGCACCCUUUACUACGGAUUGGCUUGGUACCUCACCGCUUCAUCUAGCGGCACAACACGGCCACACCCAGACAGCAGAGCAGCUACUGCGAUCAGGUGUAAGCAGAGAUGCUAGAACCAAAGUGGACAGAACGCCGCUGCACAUGGCAGCACAAAAUGGACACCUUGCUAUCGUUGAUCUGUUGAUUAGUUUUGGAGCAUGUGUCAACAACAAAGACAUGUUGAACAUGACUCCUUUACACUGGGCUUGUGAGCACAACCACACUGAAAUUAUAAAAUCCCUGCUGCAAGCUGGUGCACAGAUUAAUAUUGUAAACAAGUUUGGUAAAACACCCUUGGACAUUGCAGGCAAGAAGUGUGGUGUGGAAAACAUUGCUCUUCUCAGCGCAGGCCAGGAAAAUACAGGUGGCAACAAGUCUCCUGAAAGUAACAAAAGACCAGCUGAGAGAGCAACCAUGAAUGUAAACAGUGUUAAAAAGAGACAGAGGACAAAAAAGUUUCCCAUGACGGCUGGCUCUUGGACUGGUAAUGAUGGACCUCCCAGUAAUGGUGGAAAGAGUCGUAAGAGAAGUAAUAGUGGAGUUCCAGUCCCUCUAAAUUUUUCUGGUAACACUUCAGUCAUAUCCAAUGGGAGAAGAGUAUCUGCACCUGCACAGUUCCAAAAUGCAGGUUCUCCUUCACUUAGAAGUCCAACAGAAAAUUCCAUAGCAUCGUUGGUGUCGGCAGCUGAACUUGUGAAAUCUAAAUCUGAAGCUCAGUGCUCUGAAGCAUUAAUAACGACAACACAAGAUUCCAGUGUAUUGGAUACCUUGGCAACGCUGGCUACUGCUACCUUAGGUCACAAUACUGGCCCCAUGUCGUCAUCAACUGUACAUGUUACAACAGUUUCUGGCAGACCUGUCAACGUUACACCUUUAACACUUCCUACAACAUCGUCAGCCUAUGCCCUUAGCGGCCUAACCACACCCCUAACACCAUCAAGCUUGCUCUCCAUGCCGUCACCCCUUGCAGCACUGUCAGCACUGACAUCGCUCUCAACACCAAACCAGACUAGUCCAUUACCAAAUAUAGCUAUGUCCCCCCUUACUCUACAGAUGCCGCUACUGAUGUCUGGUACGCAAUUGGUGUCUUCUAGCACACAGCAUGGUAGUGUUCCUACGGCAUUGAUAGUGAGCUCAGCAGAGAGUGCUUCGACAUCAACUAGUGUAUCAACUAGUGAUACCGGGAAUUUGUUAACUAAUCUUGCGUCUGGACACACCAUAUAUCCACAGCAGUUCCUGGCCUACGCUGGUAAUGCCAGUCAAGGACAUUUCUUGACUCAGAUUCCUCAAGGAGCUACAAAAGUUGAACAGGAGAGCUCCAAAACACAGGACUCAAAUGAGCAAAAAUCCGAUGAAAACGCAGGACAAGUUGGUCAGGAGAUGUAUGUCACACUUCAAGUCCCUCAGCAUCAAGUAUUGAGUGAGCACGGCUUUUCAUUACAGCCACUACAUAUUGUACAAGGAAGUAAUACACAUGAACAAGGGAUAGUAGCAUCUCAGGCAUCAUCUGCUUCCCUGCAAGAGAAAAUACAAGAACAACCAACCACUGCAGCAGCUUCCACCUCACAAGUUGUACACCUCCAGAUACCAACAAGCAUGAUAUCGCAGUCGCCUGGUCAGCUGGUCCAGAUACCUGGCAUAGCUGAACCAAUAACACUUGCACAAUUACAGCAAAUCCUGGUCAACCAGAACCUGGCAGCAGCAGCAGCUGGUGGUAUGCCACAGGUGGUUAUCAGUCCACAGAAAAUACAGCUGACUCCAGGAUCUCCUCUCCAAGUUAGCACCCAGACCUCUCAACCAACUCAAACACAGGCAGCCCAAGCGGUAAUUCAGCAACAGCAUCCUCAACAACAACAAAUAUCCCAGCAGCUACUGCAACAGUCAAUACCCCAAGGAAUGCUACAAACAAAUUUUGUCACACAACUUGGCCAAGUACCUGUCACGCAACCUGUUGUUCCUGUCACGCAAGACACACAACAGUUUCCAGCAUCCAUUCCUUCACAGGUAUUGAUGCAAGUCCAGGAAGAUUUUCGCAAAAUCAUCGAACAACAGAAACAAGAAGAAGAAAGACAACGAAAAGAACUAGAAGAAAAAGUGAUGGCAUUGGAGCAACACAGUAAAAAAUAUCAGACUGAACUUGAGCUAGCACAGAAAGCAGCUGAAACUUAUCGAGAUCAGCUACAAAUGGAGGCCAAAGAGAAGGCACGUCUUCUCAAGAUGUACGAGUCUCCAAAGAAAGAGACAAGUAAUAAGUAAUUUAUAUAUUUCAAAGCAUUUUUGAUGUGCAUUAUAUGUGUAUGAAGCAUUGUUGGUGUGCAUUAUAUGUGUAUAAUGCAUUGUCGGUAUGCAUCAUGUGUAUAAUGCAUUGUCGGUAUGCAUUAUAUGUGUAUAAUGCAUUGUCGGUAUGCAUUAUAUGUAUAAGCAUGUCUGUAUAUGAGUAGAUUUAGUAUGUAUGUCAAAAGUUAUGUCACAUGGCAUGGUCACAGUGUGACAACUGUUGAAUCGAUAAUGAGAUUAUCUGUUAUCCAAUCAGAAUUCUUGUACGUAGCAGGUCAAGGUCACAGCACAUAAAAUUUUAAGACCUUUAUUUUACUAUGUUGUCCUCAAUCUCUCAGUGUGACGUCAUUACUUCCAUGUUGGAUAUAUUCAUUCCUGCUAAACCAGUUUGCACUAGAUUUCAUUCACAUCAAACCAGUUUAAACCUGUUUUAUUCCUGCCAAACCAGUUAUCACUUGAUUCCAAUGCCAAACCAGUUUGUUCUAGUUUUCAUACUCAUCGAACAAGUUUACUCUAGUUUUCAUUCUUGUCAAAAAAGCUUACACUUUUUUCCAUUCUUCCCUAAUCAGUUUACACCAGCUUACAUUAGAUAUCUGUGCUUCUGAAUAAAUGAAUGAAACCUGUUUUUCAGGUUUGCUUUCUGUAUAUAAAAGAUGGUAUGUCAGUAACAAAGACAUAUAAGCUAAGAAACAUGUAUAAAGAUUUGACAAAUGUUGCACAAGCAAUGUACAACAGUAAGUUAUUAUUAAAUUCCCCUCUCGUGCCGAAACCAACCAGAUUGAUAUUUGGCUUCAUAUAUUGGUUCAAUUCGUUCAACCCAACUAUUCAACAUUAACCCAUUCAACCCAAGUUACGUCAUUGCCACAAGUACUGGAUAAACAACCAAUUAGCAAGUUCCAGCAAAACAUGGUAUUAUUUAGAUUUUUAUACAAAAAGUUUUUCAUUUUAUCCUUUAUGUUUUUGUUUCUUAGUUUUUGUAAUCUCAGGUUGCCUAUAAAUUAUUUUGGGGUAAAAUUGAUUAGCGAGUAGCAUUUGGUGCCGACUUUGACAUGUCAAUAAUUCCAGGUACCUUUGCUAUUUUACCAUAUGCCAGGAAUUUCCUGGCCCAUGGUAUAAGGUGAUUUUUAAUAUACUAUUUACCAGGUAGUAUUAAAUAGUCUUGUGUCAAUGUUGCCAUAUAUGGCAAUUUUUUAACUGUAGUACCAUUUACCAGGAAUUUUCUGGUCUUGUGUAGGUAUUGUAUGAUUAUUUUAACUAGUACCAGCAACUGGGAAUUUCCUGGAACUCUUUUGGUGGCUGACACACUGGUCUUUACUGUGUAUGGUGUUCUUAAUGGUAUUUACCAGGAAUUUCCUGGUAUUGCAUGUAAUGGUGUUACCGUACAUGGUUAUUUUAACCAAGCAUAUAUAUAUAUAUUAUCCAAUAACGUGAUCUAGAUUCAUAGUGUGAAAGUAAAAUUGCAAAGCAUGUAAAGAUUAAAGAUAUUUGAAUUUCA